UGAGGACCAGAUGUGGGCCACAGCUAAGUUAAUGCGAGACGUGUGUCUGCCAAGAUUUCCAAAAAUUAGCAUUGAACUAGCUGAUCAAUUGCGUGACGGCAAUAUACCGGACAACAACAAAGAUGUAAAAUGCUACAUUAAUUGUGUAUUAGAAAUGAUGCAAACGAUGAAGAAGGGCAAAUUCCUGUUUGAUGCCUCAUUGAAACAAGUGGAUUUAAUUUUGCCCGAUAGCUACAAGGAGGAUUACCGUGCCGGUUUGAUGAGGUGCAAGGAUGCAAGUGUGGGCAUUAAAAAUAAUUGUGAAUCGGCAUACACUAUUUUGAAGUGUUUACGUGGAGAGAUCACAAAAUUUAUAUUCCCUUAGAAAGA